GUAUAUAUGUAUAAAAUAUCUGGAAGUACAUGUAAGAAGCAGGUAAUACCAGCUGACUUUGGAGAAGGGAUCUGGGUAAUGAGUCAAAAAUGGAGUGAGGGAGGCUUUUCACUGUAUAUUUUUGGCAUCUUUGAACUUUGAACCCUCUUAUUGUUACCCAGUGAAUGAAUAAGUAAAUGUUAACAGGUAAAAAUAGAUGAUUAAUGGAGAUCUUGAUGUUGGUAAGAUCCUGAACAAAAGAUUUCUCAAAACAGGAAGGAAUGCUGCAUAACAAUCCCAAGAUCUCAGUGGCUUACAUUUCAUGCUCUUGGUUCUUCAGUGGCUCAGAUCUUGGCUGGAUUAGGCUGGACUCCAGACUUUAGUUUUGGGUUCGUAUCUGCAGCAUGUAUCUUCGAUCUGGGACCUAGGCUAAAAAAGCAAAAAUACCUGGAACAUGCUUUUCUGAUGGCUGAGGGUGGGACUUCAAGGGAGGCUUCUUGAAAUUUGCCAUGUUUUCUGCUCAGAAAUGACACAUCAAAACUUUUACAUAUAUUCCAUUACUUAAAGCAAUGUCACAGAGUCAAGUCCCAAAUCAACAGGGUAGAAAUGUAUGUACACUCUGUCUACUGGGAGGCUCUGCAAAGGCACCUAACAGAGAAUGUGGAUAUAUACUUCUGUUGUGGGGUGAGAGGAGUUGGAGAGAUAAUGUUGGAAAGAUAAUGAUGAAAGAAAUGGGUUAAUAGAAAGAUACUGUGAAAUUAAGUUGAAGAUAGUUGGUUGAGAAUAAAGAUGCUUAGGAAAAAAGAUAUGCAUAAUAUAUGCCAAGAUACAGCAUUUUACUCUGAUAUGAAUUUUCUUAAGGUUUCCAUGUCAAGGUAUCAUAUUGGCUUUUCUUAUGUAACAUCUGCCAUCCCCACACCUGGCCUUGUAACCCAAUUCUGAGUACCUGUGGUUUUAGGAAGCUUGAAAAUAAUUAGUGAAAUAAUGCACCUGUAAAGGCACCAGUUCUCAGAGAAGUAGUUCUAAAUGUGUUUAUUUCAGCUACUGAAUGUGUUCAUUCAUAGUUCUAUAUGUCAUAUCCAUGUCUGCCAACCCACCUUUCACAACAGAAUCUUCUUUUCAGGGAGAUGUCCUUUGCUUCUCAGAUGUAAUGCACUUUAAGUUUGUUAUUCAACAGUGAAAAUGAGUCAUACAGAGGUUAAAUUAAAAAUACCUUUUGGAAAUAAAUUACUAGAUGCUGUUUGUUUGGUACCUAACAAGAGCUUAACAUAUGGAAUAAUUCUUACACAUGGAGCGUCAGGAGAUAUGAACCUUCCUCAUUUGAUGUCACUGGCAUCCCAUCUUGCAUCUCAUGGUUUUUUUUGCCUGAGAUUUACCUGUAAAGGCCUUAAUAUUGUACAUAGAAUUAAGGCAUAUAAAUCAGUUUUGAAUUACCUAAAGACCUCAGGAGAAUACAAACUGGCAGGUGUUUUCCUUGGUGGUCGUUCAAUGGGCUCAAGAGCAGCUGCUUCUGUAAUAUGCCAUAUUGAGCCAGAUGAUGCUGAUGAUUUUGUUCGAGGUCUCAUUUGUAUUUCUUACCCACUGCACCAUCCAAAGCAGCAACAUAAACUUAGAGAUGAAGAUCUCUAUCGUAUAAAAGAUCCUGUAUUGUUUGUGUCAGGCUCAGCGGAUGAAAUGUGUGAAAAGAACUUGUUGGAGAAAGUGGCACAGAAAAUGCAAGCUCCCAAUAAAAUCUACUGGAUUGAGAAGGCAAAUCAUUCCAUGGCAGUGAAAGGACGAUCAACAAAUGAUGUUUUCAAAGAAAUAAAUACACAGAUUUUGUUUUGGAUCCAGGAAAUCACUGAAAUGGACAAGAGAUAAUUGUAUCUAGCUACAAACUACAUUAUUUUUAAUACAAAUACAGUUCAUUUGAUAAAGAAGCAUACCUCUCAGCAUUAUGAGAUAUUUCAGAUGAAGUUAAUGUUCUUUAAUGUUUCCCCCAUUUUUAAAACACAUUUUAAUUGUGAAAUUAAUGUCCUUUAUAAAAUGUCUUUUGAAAGCACUGUUAUAGUUGUAUAAAGAUGAUGUACAAAUAUUGAAGUGGUCUAAAUAUAAUUUAUUUUCAUUAAUAUAGUUAAGUUUUGAAAAAAAAUUAAACAUUUGAAUUUUGUUACAA